AUGUACAUAUUGGGCCCGGCCGGUUACAUUUUUGUUUCGAACAUCGAUGUGGAUGCAGAGUCCACUGGCGUGGAAGCCACGCUUCCUAUCGGGGUCCCGACCAUCAACUCCGCUCGGCCCCAUGAGGUAAUGCUGCCCAUCACCGACAAUGCCCUGGAGAACAUGUUCUAUGGAUUCCGUGCUAAGAUCCAGAAUGCGCUGGUGUCGCCAAGUUCCCAGGACGAACCGAAGCCAAACCGCUGGAACGUGGUGGUGAUCAUGUCUUCAGGCUUGACAGACCUGGCUGGCCGAGCAGAAGCUGGAGCUUUCGAGGGAAGCUCUCUGGAAGUUCUGCGAGCCUGUGACAUCACUGCCUCCACGCAAGUUUUCCUGGCGCAGAACCAGGUCACAGUGUCAUUUCUGGUGGCCAAAAGCAUCUACACCAGCGAGACCUCCGUUGGAAGCAUCCAUGUGACGGUCUCGGAUGCGAUUCCGUCUUUGGAGGAGGCUCUGGCUACUAGUGUCAUCACAUCCUUGCCAUACACCUCAUGCGAGGGUUUCACGAACACUGCAGUGAUCCGGCUGGCGAGGGCUGCAGCUGUGCCGCGCGGAAGCCAGGUCCGCUUCCGCAUUGCCCUGACUAACCCGGCGCUGGCCCCUUCGGAGACGCGUUGGAACGUCGCCACCUUCCAAGGCUUCGCCAAGCUGGAAGAGUGCGAGCGAACGGUUGUCACCUUCCAGCUUUUGCAAGCCUUGAACCAGGCGCUGGCAUCCAGAAGCGCCACGGGGCAAGACCUACGGCCUGGCUCCAUGAGCGUCUAUGAGUUCUUCUUCGCCUACCCAUGGCGCAAUGCCGAGGAGGAGGCCAACAUCGGGUCUGGCCAAGUCACACGGAGCCAGGUCAAGAUCACCUUGCCUCAUGGUUUCCAAUCUCCACCAGAUUGCCUCUCAGGUGUGAGCAGCACUGCUAGCACAUCUGGCGCGACCGGGAGCACUGCAGCCAGGCUACCUGAGUUUGUCGCAUGCGUGGGUGCUGGCCGGAUCCUAAGCGCCACGCUUAAGAGCCUCGUUGACCCGCACGUGACAUACCGUAUGAGCAUCACAGUCCAGAAUCCCCCGGCAGAUUUUGAGUACUCCUCACAGAGCUCUCGCUGGCAGCUGCAAGUUGAUUCCGCCGCCGCCGGUGAUCUGGAAGGCCCUGCUCUGCGCACACUCAGGGAUGUGCAACUCUUGCCACAGAAUGUUCACGAAGACAGCUCGGGGUUUUGCAUGAUCCGCUUCCGAACAGCCUCAGAGGUGCCAGCUGGCGGCUCUGUCUAUGUCCAGGUUCCUUCGGCCUCCGACCCAAGCUGCUCCGGUGGUGGUGGUGGUGGUCUUUUCAAUGCCCAGAACAACGACCUUGGAGAUGGGAACCCCAUCGUACCAGGAACACCAUGUGAAGUCCAACGUGCUGAGCUCCCAGGGCAGCCGCAUGCCUUGGUCCUAGGCCCUUUGAGCAGCACUUUGACGAGCAACACAGCUUACUUGUUGGCGCUGGGGGUACGCAACGGUGGGCCAACAUCUGACACAUCAGCAACGUGGACAGUGAAGACACGGGACGCGAAUGGCGAGAGCAUCGACACUUCACGGCCCAUCCCCACAUUUGCUGUCAGACGGCUUCUGGGCGUCAUGGCCUUCACAUCCCCGGCGCUGACAUCGCCGCGAGGACAGUCCUACCCUGUAGAUGUGGAUUUCACGUUGGAUGUGGCAGUCAGAUCCGGUGCACUCGUGUUGUACCCACCACCCUUCGUCAGCGCAAUGUGUGACCCACACGUGCUGGCUGGCAUGCCACAAGGCACGACGUGCCAGACGGAGGGAUCCCCAAGCGGAUGGAGAAGCUUCAGGAUGAUCCUUUGGAGCCUUGCCUCACCGUGGUCAGCAAGCCGGCCAUACCAUUUCCGCUUGCUCGCAGAUGCCCAGGAGCUUCCCUUCUACCGACAGACCUGGACGGUGCAGCUUUUUGCCGGAGCGCAGACAAGUCCUCAGGAUGGGCAGCUUACCUUCGGCGCCUUGGAGCCUUUACCCGGUUUUGUGGUGGGAUCUCUCUCGGUUGCACAGUGGCGAUGGCGAGGCUGGCUCGCAGACCUGACGGUAGCGUGCCAGAACCCUGCGCAGGGAGCACGCAGUCAGGUGACUGUGGACUUCGUUGUCAAUCCAGAGCUCGCUCAAGGAGAUGAGGUUUGGAUCCGAGCUCCGCCUGGCAUUCUGCUGCAUCCCUUUUCCUGCUAUGUGCAGGCGCCUGGCAUCUCCAUGGAAGUGCCCAUACCAGCCCCCUGCGAGGUUCCUGAACUAUCUGCAGCUCCAUGCUUUCCCCACGUCUACGAGACCAGCCCAUGUGUGGACGCAGCACCAGAUCUUCCACCAGACUCGGCUGGCUUUUCACAUCGGCAGGGGAUGAAGCUCAGCCUGGGUGCCGUCAUGGCCGGGACACACCUGCGGAUCAUUGUGGAAGCAACUGCACUGGUUGCAGCCGAGGCGGGCAAGUGGCUGGUGAGCACGUGGCGCGACGUUUUCGAGAUGCUCGGCGUGUGA